AUGGAGGACGUCUUGAUGAUACAGGAACGCCGGACGAAAACCAAGGAAAACUACGAUUCCAACAUUCACCGGCUGCCCUGGUACGCCGGCUGGUUGCUGAUCGCACUCGUGGCCGUUUGCAGUACCGUUAGCUACCAGACGCUCCUGCAACUUCCACCCGCGCUCAGCGAGGCCGACCUUGGCCAACACCCGUUCGCGUUCAUCGGUGCCCGGGCCUGGGAAAGUCUCCGCCGGCUGGAAGCCCUUGGCCCACGGCCUACUGGGUCGCGGGCAAACGAGGUGUUGGCCGUGCAGGUGCUCGAGCAAGAGUUUUCCCUUAUCAACGCGUCACGGCACACCGGGCAAGUGGUGCUUUACGACAAGCAGGUCGUUUCCGGUGCAUUCGUACGCUGGGGUGCAAGCGUCUACCGGAGGGUGCAGAAUUUGGUCGUGAAAAUCGUCGGCGAAGACGGCGAUCAGCAUGCGUUGCUGUUGAACUGCCACUUUGACUCCGUACCCACCAGCCCUGGGGCGAGUGACGAUGGAGGACAAUGCGCGAUGAUGCUCGAACUGCUGCAUGUUCUUUCCCGGGAACCAAGGAGACCCCGUCACUCGAUCGUGUUCCUGUUUAAUGGGGCCGAGGAAACGCCACUGCAAGCGUCCCACGGUUUCAUCACGAACCACCGGUGGGCCGGGAAUAUUCGGGCGUUCAUUAACCUCGAAUCGGCCGGUUCGGGCGGGAAGGAAUUUCUGUUCCAAAGCGGUCCUCAGCAUCCGUGGUUGAUCGAGGCGUACUCCCAGGCCGUUCGGCGACCGUUCGGGCAGGCGCUUGGGGAAGAGAUUUUCCAGCUCGGUGUUAUUCCGUCCGAUACGGACUUUGGUAUCUUUCGCGACUAUGGCCACAUUCCGGGGCUAGAUUUUGCCCACAUCUUCAACGGGUAUCGCUACCACACGCAGUACGAUUCGAUCGAGUACCUUUCGCCGGCCGUGCUGCAGCGUACCGGUGACAACAUGCUGGCGCUCGUACGUGUCCUGGCAAAUGGGCACCACCUCGGGAACAGUGCAGCCCGUGCCGUAGGAAACACCGUUUUCUUUGACUUCCUAGGACUCUUCUUCGUGACGUAUUCGGCCACCGAAGGUUCGGUAUUCAAUGUGAUUGUAUCAAUCGGUGGGUUGGUCAUUGGCUGUUGGAGCGUGCUGGCCGUCGUCGGAUGGCGACACUUUCGUUUUGUAGCGUAUGAAGUAGGCCACGGAUUUGUGGCUACUUUGAUCGGCUCGUUUGUUGCAGCGUUGGUAAAUUUGGUCAUCGUUCAUCUGCUCGAUCGUGUUCUGGAUCGAUCAAUGGCGUGGUUUUCAUCAUCCUGGCUUGCUAUCGGUCUGUACUGUAUCCCGGCGAUGGCCGUGCUGUUCAUUUUCCAUCGAUUGCUCCAUCCGCUGUGCAGACAAGCUAAGACGGUCCUAUCUCUUACGCUGACGGUGCAAGCAAGCAUAACGGGAGUGUUCCUUUUCUGGGCCAUAAUAACCGUUGGUGCCACUGUUGCGGGUUUCCGGUCCCCCUACGUCAUUGCGAUCCUUCUCACGCUUUCCUUAUUCGGUACGUCGAUCGUGGCGCUGUUGAAGCUGCAAUCCUUCCCCACGGGCUAUUGGUUGAUCGUCUACCUGAUCGUCCACACUUUGGCCCUUCUCUGGACGACGCAGUUUUAUCAUCUUACCAUCAGCAUGUUCAUCCCAAUCGCAGGUCGCGCACGUUCCGACGUAAAUGGCGACCUGCGAAUCGCACUCCUGGCAACAAUUUGGACCGUUCUUGCCAUGGUUCCGUUGAUAAACUUGCUGAGAAAACCGUGCUACACGAUCGGAUUGCUUGCAGUGCUGUUUGUUGUUACAUUUGUGCUGGCCACGGCGACGUCGAUCGGGUUCCCGUAUCGUGCCCCCGGUCCCGACCAAGCUCCCAAGGUUCAGCGCAUCCAUGUGCAGCACAUCCGGCGUCGGUUCUUUGAACCCAAUAGCACCGAAAGCGUGCGGCGAACUGAUGCCGGAUAUAUUUUUAACCUCUUGGAUCGUCACAGUGAGCGAACGAUACGGCAGGUAUUGGCAACUCAACCGGACAGCGCGCCGUUAAAAACGACGUCCUUACCAGACUGCACGACCGAACUGUCCUGCGGUCUGCCUUGGGUGGCAUUUAACAAUCCCUCACUUUGGUCACCCCAAACGGACUCAAACCGACCGAACACACCGGAACCGGUACAGCUUUCCCUCGACUCCCGGGACGAUGGAAAUUUGACGAUCCUGCUGUCAGGAAAUUACGAGACGAAUGUUCUUCUUCGCCCCCGACCGAACGUGACGCUCGCUGGAUGGAAUCUCACGCCGGGUUAUCCAUCGCCGGUAGGAUUCGAUCGUCACUUGACGUACCGUAUUCGCAUUAACCAUGGACUUCCCUCCGACGAACCGUUCAAAUUAGUACUGAAGCUGCAAACCAACGCACCCGUUGACGCCUAUUUGUCACUGGUGGACAUUAGCGUGACGACGAACUUCUGCGAAUAUCAGGAGCACUUUACCAAACGGUUUGCGACAUUGGUCAGGUCGUUUCCCGACUGGACGGCCGCCGUGCCUUGCGUGGCUGUGGUAGACUUUUACAGAUUUUGAAGUAAAUUUAAGGAUACUUCAGGUAUGUAAACGUUGGGGUUUUCAUUCGAAUAUAUAAACUUUAUGUUUUAGCUUGGACAGACCAAAAACGACAUUAAAAAUUUACCAUACAUUUAAGUACAUUAAACGACUGUUUUCGCGAGCAAGACUGAAUGUUGUGGAAGGCACAGUGAAAAACAU